AAAACACAAUGCUAAAUCAUUUAGGAUAUAAAAUAUUCAAUGAAAUCUUAAAAGAAAAUAUUUAUUUUAUUAUUUUUAGCUUCUGCUUUCCAUUUAUCUUUAUCGCAAGUAGAGGAGACAUAAAUUGGAGUAAAGAAAUUUUUAUUUAUUUAAUAAGAAGCUUAGGAAGGCGUUUAGCAAUAAGCUGUUGAUACAACAAACUAGCAAAAUAAUACUACACUAUUAGAUACAUAAAAUACUUAAAAUAAUACUAAUUAGCCGGUACAACCAACUUAAUAAGCUGGAGCAUAAGCUUAAAAUGCGACUUAGUAAGUAACUCAAGAAGAAGAGAAAAAAGAAAAAAAUUUAUUGCUGGUGGUUCCAUUUUCAAAAGAAUAAUUUGAGGCUGAAAUGAAAAUUUAGAGCUUAAAAUUGUAAGAUGAAUCAAAAAAAUAUUAUUAAUUGAAUUUAGAAACAUUAAAAAACAUUACAGUUGAGAAUAAAAAAAUAAUAGAUUAGAAAAAAGCUUUAAUAAAACUAUAUUUAAAUCAUACAAUGAUAUAUUUAGACGCUUAAAUCUAAGUUCUUUAAAGGGAGUUAGAGCAAAAUCAUGAGCUAAUCAUAUAGCUAGCUUCUGCAAUUAUGCUUUCUACACUCGAUCACUAUGAGUAAAAGAUAUCACAAUACAGAAUAAAAAUUGAAGAGAUUUUAUUAAAAGUAGAUCCUCCAGUAACAAUAUGUAAAAGGAUUAUGAGUUGUUAAGGCUGUACUGCUUAAUAGGAUUGUGUUUGGUCCACGGAUAGAAGAGCUUGCUUUGUGGGUUCAAAAUAUGAUGGUUGCUAUUUUGAUUUUUGUGAAUUUUAUAUAAAGGAUUAUUGCUUCAGCAAUGCCAAAAUAGAUUUAGAAGAAUAGAAUAUGCUAGAUCACUAUUCUGAAGAUGAAAAAUUGGCUAAGAUUAUGGAUGAAUUGUAUGAUGAAGAAGAUGUAGAACUCGUUGCACAAAGGAUCCCAUAAACAUAAAAAAAUUAUUAUUUAUAGCUUCAAAAUAAACUAAUAGAUUUAAAAGAUAAAAUCUAAAGAGUGAGGAUAUAUAUUAAUUAUGUUAAGAAGGUAUAUUUCAAACUCAGAUACUAAAAUAUCAUUUUUAAGCGAAAGAGAAAAUAAUAAAAAGAAGAGGAUGAAAAAUUCAUUAAACAGAUUGAAGAAAUUGAAGAACAAUUUCUUAAAAAUAUAAAAGAAACAGAAGAAGAAAAGAAAUUAACAAUAGAUGAUAUCAUUAAGAAUGAAAAAGCUUUGGAAAUAGCAGCAAAAAAUGGAAAUGGAGAAGCUAAUGGAUAAUAAUAAGAGGAAAAACUUAUAAUAAGUAAAGAUGGAUAAAUAAAGCUUUCGAAUGGAUAAAUUAUUGAAGGAAUUAUAGUUAUUGAUGGUAAGGUAUAUGAUCAAAUUACUGGUGAAGAACGUAAAGACUUAAAAGUAGUUGAUGGAUAAUUAGUAGGUGAAGAUGGUAAACCAAUUACAGCAAGCUAACUCUAACAUUAAUUAGAAGAAGAGUAGGGAUUUAUGGAUGGUUUAUUAACAAAUUGGUUUGGAGACGAUUACGAAGCCCCAGAAAAAACUACUCUAAGUGAGAAAGAUUAAGAAGCCUUAGAAAAGGAAAAAGAUGAAACAAUUAUAGACGUUGAUUCUGAAGAAAUAUAAAAUGAAGAAUAGACUAUUUUAGAAUAUGUUUCUGAUUAAGUUCAAUAAUAAAAUCAAGAUAAAGAUGAUGAAUGA